UACUUUUCAAUGUGAAAUAUUGGGCAAUUAGCAAAGCAACACUAAAUUAGAAACGUCAAAAAACAAAAAAAAGCCGCAUCGGCGACAGUAGUUUUAAUUUGUUUUUAUUGUUAUUAGUUUUAAUUAAUGUUAUAAUUAAUAAGUGUGUGCUGGAACCGUAGUAUUGUCUAGUCCUGUAAUAUAUCCCGCUCGCAAUCUGCUAUGCAAUGACUUUUAUUGUGCCAUAAAAUAUACAUUUGACGACUCUUUGUUCCCGAGGUGUUGUUUUCUUGAGAUUCGGGCGGCCGUUCCGUGUGGAACACUCAGCUAAACUUCCAAUUUAGUGCUAACAUUACGAUCUAGCCUCGGGAGGUUCCUGAAAACCAGUUUGAAACCAUUAUUGUUGUUUCGAAAUCUGUGUAUUUGGAGUGGUGUUGAAAUGGCGAGCAUACUCAAUGUUUCCCAAACAAAUCGAUGUUUACUGGCUAUAAAUGAAAUUCUGGUGGUCCAAUAAGAAUCCUACAUGAAAAUGUCUGUUCAGAAUCAGCAGGCAGUGUGGUCAGUGAAGGAAACAAUUGAUUCUAAGUAUGAAAAAUGUCGAAAUAUCACUGAAGAGAUUUAUAAAAGAAUAAACAUAACAUUUCAAAUAAAGCAGCUUGAAACGGCAGCGCAGAGUGAUGGCUCGGACCACAGCGAGCAAAUCGACAGCAACGAACUGAGCAACGAAACCGAUCUGUUUGCAUGCGACAAGACCAGCAUAUCAAGUAGCACUGAAGCUGAGAAACCGACUGCCAAGUUCGUUAACAUCAACAAUAAUGAGGAGAAACCUAAGAAACCGGUGGUUGUAUACAAGAGACCAAGAAAACGAUUCCGCAAACGUGUAAAGAAGCGGCAAUCGAAACAGCGGAGCGAUUCAGACGGGUCCAGCGAUGAGGCGCUCCCGCUUAGUCGGAUGGUGGAAGGGGCCAAAGAGUUGGGGGCCACCGAGCGGGGGGCCACCGAGCCGGGGGCCAACAGCGACUCGCCGGAUCGCGUGAUGGGCGUGCCUAAUGUAGUCAUACUCGCAAAAGACUUAAUGAAACCAAAAAUCCAGCCAGCCGAUAAGAGGUCAACGAACUCUCCAAACAGAGACAGCAAGAAAUCGCAGAGCGAGACGGAGAACUCAGAGAGAACCAUUCCGACCAUAAACAAGACAGAUCCGGCCAUAGGGAAGAAAGAUUCGGCCAUAGAGAAGAAAGAUCCGGCCAUAGAGAAGAAAGACCCGGCCAUAGACAAGAUAGGGGCGACGGGAAAAGAUGGCAAAGGCGUAGAUUACAAAAGUUGCAACAUGUGUAGUCUGUCGUUCAGAGGCGAGAGAGGAUUGAGGCGACACAUCACCAUGUCUCAUUUGAUAGAACCAGUCAAACCCAAUGAUAUGAAGCCAGCUUAAGUAAGACCUAAUUUAGCCAUAAAAACAAGCACACUUAUCAACCCGGAAACGGAUCGUAACCGUAUCAACCCGAGGCGCACCGUAACGUAAACGCCUCGCGUUUGACAGCGCGGUGAAAGUGUUGUGUUCAUCCCUUUCCGCGUUGAUAAGUGUGCUAUGACCUUUAAUUGUCAACAUUAGUGCUUAAUGCGGGUAGUUGUGAAGCCAUGAGAAAUGUAAUGAUUGUGUUCGCAAAUAUUCGCACGUUUUCUUAUGGGGAUAUCAAAUAGAAAGAGCAUUAAAAAUGCACUGUUAAGUACGAAUUGUAGGUCUCGUUCUUAACUUAGUCAAUGCCUGAGGCAUGGGAGGGGUGACAUUGACAUAAAAUAUUAUGACGUGACAGAACAUACAAAUCUUAUAGAUGACCCACGCUGAACUGUCCCACCAAACUCAAUGACAGGGCGCCACCAUCGUUCAACUAUAUGGUUUCCAACAUGGCAAAAAUCGGAACCAGCGAUCCGGUAUUGACGGUGGCGCCCCACUGUCAAUGUCAUGCAUAGGACAGUUCAGUAUUUUGGAACUGUAUGCACAUUUUUGAAGUCUCGCUGACGUUUGACGUCACAAAAACACCCUCCCGUGCCGCUCCCAUACCUCAGGCUCUAACUCUGUUAAUCGCUAUACCUGCAACUUGCAUUAAGCACACGAAGGCAGUGUUGUAUUAUAUUAAUGUGGAUUUAUAUUUAUCUGAAGUGUUGCGAUGGCUUCUGACGUAAAACAUAUUCCGUUCUGAUGCGUCACGACACUACGUCAGACAAAUAUAAAUCCACUUUAAAAAAAAAUUGAUUAUUAAGAAAAAUUAUCUUUUUCACAUUGACUUAAAUCAUCAAAUGGUUUGAACGCUGCAUUCUAUGUUGACAGUACCACAAUGGUAGUAGAUGCUUAUUUAGUAAAUUAUAAUAAUCAUUUAAAAAUAAAUCACACGAAACCGAUUAUUGUUGUCUCUCUCGCAAUCUUGAACGAUGGUAUGUGUGUGAGAGAGAUAACAAUCGGAGUAGAUGUUCAAUCGCUCGCUCUAGUCUAAAAAAGUCAUUUUAAAAAACCUCUCGUUCGAAGUAAUUAGGCUCAUUUAUUGUCUAUGCGUUUAAGCUUUAGUUCUUUAGAUAGUGAAUAUCCGUGUUUAUCUAAAUUGCACCUUAUAUACAUUUGAAAGAGUAGCUAUUUCAAUAUUUCAUUGAUAGUUCAAAGAGUGAGACUAAAGGCGGAUUUAUAUUUGUGUGACGUGCUGUUUCGUGUCGUGACGCAUCAGAACGGAAUUUGUUUU